GGCUGGCAGCGCAGGCAUUGAGUCUGAACAUGCAAAUUGAUGAGUUCUACUCCAAGUCGUUUGUGCCCAAUGACAUGCUCGUCAGCUAUGAUGUUCGUAAACCUGACGCUCUCGACUUCAAUUUGACUGUUUUGGUGCACUUUCCUGGCAAAUUGCUCAUUCAGGUCUUUGUGCGGCGGCUGGACGAUGUGCCGGGCGGGCCGAACUCGUUUGAGAUGCUCAAAUUAAAAAAUGUGGACUUCUGCAAGUCGCUCGAGUCGCUGCGCAACAUGACAAAUGAGAAAUUCCACGGCGAGCCUCUGAUUCCGUCCACCUUUCUGAUGUCAUGCCCACUGAUGUCGGGCUUCUACUACGUGGAGAACGCCUCCUUGGAUGUUAGCGUGCUGCCGUGGCUCAUCAAGGAUGGCAGAUACUUCGCACUGCUCGAGCUGGUGCAGGUGUACGAAGAGGUAACCAGAUUAAUAAAUUUCAGAGUAAAGGUCAGCAAGAAGACGCCCGAGUUGGAGCUGGCAGGCGAAAAGCAAGAAGCCAGCAAUGAGGAUGGCUUUAAUGACUUUAACUUUUGA